CGUGUCCUUCCCCGAUGGACGGUCGUGUGUUCCUGGCCGCUCUCCAUGGCGAGGAGGCUCCAAGGUCGCCGGUUUGCAGAAUUAAACCCGGUGUCGGUUCCGUCGUGUGCGUGUAGCUCAGUGGAGCUUCUUUCCCCACGUGGUGAGACAAAUUCAGCUUUUCAAGGGCGGGGGACACUCCGGAGCAGCAGCCCUGCCUUCGCUUCAGGUUUGCGCUCCCUCCAUCCCCGCUGACCGGGGCAGCAGCAGUAACAGCUACUGGGUCAUUCACUAGGCCCUGGUGUGGCACAGCCAACGCUUGUUGGAGCUAGGGCUUGAAGCGGGAACCGUAACAGACUCACCCUUCACCAUUAGGCCAGACACCAUUUCACUUCCACCUGACUUGCCAGAGUCUCACAGGUGAUUAUCUCGAUAAUGGUAAUAAUAAAAUGGCAAUCCAGCAAGCAGAUAAGCUGUUGAAGAAGCACAAAGAUCUUCAUUGUGCUAAGGUCUUAAAGGCAAUUGGUUUCCAGAGAACUGGUAAGCAAGAGGAGGCCUUCACCUUGGCACAGGAGGUGGCGGCCCUUGAACCCACAGAUGACAACUCGCUGCAGGCACUGACUAUUCUUUACCGGGAGAUGCAUCGGCCGGAGUUAGUUACAAAACUUUAUGAGGCAGCUGUGAAGAAAGUUCCCAAUAGUGAAGAAUAUCACUCACAUCUCUUCAUGGCCUAUGCCAGAGUGGGUGAAUACAAGAAGAUGCAACAGGCUGGCAUGGCUUUAUAUAAGAUCGUCCCCAAAAACCCUUACUAUUUUUGGUCUGUGAUGAGCUUAAUUAUGCAGUCUAUAUCAGCACAGGAUGAAAAUCUUUCAAAAACUAUGUUUCUGCCCCUUGCUGAGAGAAUGGUAGAAAAAAUGGUGAAAGAGGACAAGAUAGAAGCGGAGGCUGAAGUUGAGCUUUAUUAUAUGAUCCUGGAACGGUUGGGAAAGUACCAGGAAGCCUUGGAUGUCAUCAGAGGAAAAUUAGGAGAGAAGUUGACCAGUGAGAUUCAAAGUCGGGAAAAUAAGUGCAUGGCCAUGUACAAGAAGCUGAGCAGGUGGCCAGAGUGCAAUGCCCUGUCCCGCCGCCUCCUACUGAGAAACUCAGAUGACUGGCAGUUCUACAUGACUUACUUCGAUUCCGUCUUUCGACUGAUUGAAGAGGCCUGGACGCCUCCUGCUGAAGGUGAACACUCUUUGGAAGGAGAAGUACAUUAUUCUGCAGAAGAAGCUGUGAAGUUUAUAGAAGAUCGAAUAACAGAAGAAUCUAAAAGUUCUCGCCAUCUCCGAGGCCCACAUCUAGCUAAAUUGGAGCUGAUCAGGCGCUUACGCUGUCAGGGUUUUAAUGAUGAGUACCAACUGGGUGAUCCAGAAGAGUUAAUGUUCCAGUAUUUUAAAAAGUUUGGGGAUAAGCCUUGUUGUUUUACAGACCUCAAGGUAUUUGUUGACCUUCUGCCUGCUACACAGUGCACAAAAUUUAUUAAUCAGUUACUUGGAGUUGUUCCUUUGUCAACACCAGCAGAGGAUAAGCUGGCACUGCCUGCUGACAUCAGAGCUCUGCAGCAGCAUUUGUGUGUGGUACAGCUGACGAGGUUACUUGGCUUGUACCACACAAUGGAUAAAAAGCAGAAAUUGACUGUGGUCAGAGAAUUGAUGUUAAGGUAUCAACAUGGACUGGAAUUUGGGAAGUCCUGUUUGAAAACUGAAUUGCAAUUCUCAGACUAUUACUGUCUCCUUGCUGUCCAUGUGCUUAUUGAUAUAUGGAGGGAAACAGGUGAUGAGACUGCUGUUUGGCAGGCCCUGACUUUGUUGGAAGAGGGACUGACCCACAGCCCAUCCAAUGCUCAAUUCAAAUUGCUGCUUGUUCGAAUCUACUGUAUGCUUGGGGCAUUUGAACCAGUGGUGGAUCUGUACUCCAGCCUUGAUGCUAAGCAUAUCCAGCAUGAUACUAUUGGUUAUCUUUUGACUCGAUACGCUGAAUCCUUAGGUCAGUAUGCUGCUGCAUCCCAGUCCUGUAACUUUGCACUCAGGUUUUUCCACUCCAACCAGAAAGAUACCUCAGAAUAUAUCAUUCAAGCUUACAAAUAUGGUGCAUUUGAGAAGAUUCCAGAGUUCAUCGCUUUUAGGAACAGACUGAAUAAUUCUCUUCAUUUUGCACAAGUUCGGACAGAACGGAUGUUGUUAGACCUUCUACUUGAAGCAAAUAUAUCAACUAGCUUAGCAGAAAGUAUAAAGUCAAUGAAUCUUCGGCCAGAGGAAGAUGACAUUCCAUGGGAAGCUUUGCGAGACAACAGAGACCUAAACGUUUUCUUCAGCUGGGAUCCAAAAGAUAGGGAUGUUUCUGAAGAACAUAAGAAGCUUUCCUUAGAGGAGGAGACCAUGUGGUUAAGAAUCCGUUCCUUAACAUUGAGGCUGAUCAGUGGACUUCCAAGUCUUAACCACCCUGUGGAACCAAAGAACUCAGAGAAGACCACUGAAAAUGGUGUAUCCUCCCGGAUUGAUAUUCUUCGUUUGCUCCUUCAACAGUUGGAAGUGACCCUGGAGGAGGGAAAGCGAUUUAUUGAGAAGGAAAUUCAGUAUCCUUUCCUUGGUCCUGUACCUACAAGAAUGGCUGCAUUUUUAAAUUCUGGUUGUUCUCAUUGUCAGAUCAGCUCUUUUUAUCUUCUUAGUGAUAUUUAUGAGCUGGAUACCAGUGGUUUAGAGGAUACAGUGGAGAUCCAGGAGCGCAUAGAGAAUAGUCUUAAGUCUUUAUUAGAACAAUUAAAAGAUGUCUUCUAUAAAUGUAAAGGUGACCUCUUAGAAGUUAAAGAUGGUAAUUUGAAAACACAUCCUAGUCUUUUAGAAAAUCUAGUCUUCUUUGUUGAGACUAUUUCUAUUAUCCUUUGGGUGUCCAGUUACUGUGAGAAUGUUCUGCGGCCAUAUAAAUUAAAUUUACAGAAAAAGAAAAAGAAGAAAAAAGAGACAAGCAUCAUCAUGCCACCUGUCUUUACCAGUUUCCAAGACUAUGUUACUGGGCUUCAGACCUUGAUUUCCAAUGUUGUGGAUCACAUUAAAGGGCUUGAAGCACAUCUAAUUGCACUUAAACUUGAAGAACUUAUUAUAGAAGACACUUCUCUCUCAUUGGAAGAGAGAAAAUAUUCAAAGACUGUGCAAGGGAAGGUGCAGAGUAGUUAUCUGCACUCACUUCUGGAAAUUGGGGAGCUGCUGAAAAAAAGACUUGAGACCACAAAGAAACUAAAAAUUUAAGGAAGUGUGAACCACAGGCACUGAUGACUCUGCAACAGAAAAUGACAUCAUCUUCCCGGGCAGAAACUACACCUGGUUGACCAUCAUUUUAAUCCAGAACUUCCUCAUAAAAUGCAUGAAGGACUUUGAUUGUGAAUUAAUUUUUUAGGUAUUAAAUGUAUACACUGAUUAAAUUAUUGUACAUAAAACAGAAGCAGGACCCUCAUCUGGGUUUGACCACUUUUUAUACAUGUUCAUAUGCAAAUGGCAGCCGCAAGAGAAAUCCACCUUUCUUCUUCCCUCCCAUCACCAGAAACUUCUGGUGGAUGUAUCCUGUAAAAGCAGCAAUAGAAAUUAAGCAUAAAGCCUUGACCUCAGAGCCAUGAACGACCCUGUCAUUAGAGCAGGUGGCAUUUCGGUUUGGUCCUUGAGCUUUGAAAGCAGAAGUAGUGGGUGCCUUGGCUGGGAACCCCUUCCUUCCCACCUUUGAGGCUUCCUCAGCUGUUGACUCCCACAGAAGCCAAGUAUCCACAGGGUCUCAGAUGCAGUUUGGCACAAGCUCCUGCCCGUGAAGGGUGUCACACAAGUGAUGACAGGCGCUCUUUAUUUGGCCCUUAGUCCUGAUGGCCAGCACAUCUCACCCCAGCUCCUGUGUGCGUCCCAUCACAGACGGCUGCUAACUGAACAGCGUGUCGGAGGGGAGAGCAGUGCGGGUCACUUACAGCCUGCCGGGGCUAGCUUGCUGUCUUUCAUCCGUGUGCAAAAGAUGGGAAUCACUGUUUUAAAGAGAGGUGUACAUAUUUUAUGCAGGCAAGUCUAAUACUAAUGUCAUUGGUUUUGUGAGCUAUAUAUAUAUUAUAUAUGUAUAUGCUUUGACGUGUGUGUGUGUGUGUCACGCACACACACACACACUCAAAAAUAAGUACUUUAGUGUUUUCUUAAGGGGUCUUGGGAAGGAAGGAAUGUAUAUUAUGGACUUAACUUGUCUUAAGUUUUGAGGCUGGCAAAAAUAUUAUCUGUUGAGACUGUUUACUUUCUUUGAGCUUGAGAAUGACAUCAAGAUGGCGUUUAUAUUGUUCAUCUGGAGCUCCCCAAAACUACAGCUUCAGAGGUUGGUCUGACGAAAGUUAAACAUUGCUCUUGAAAAUGUUACUACGGUUUAUACAAUGGCUUUGAUAACUUUUUGUGUUUAAAUCUGUUCAUCUGUUUUUGGUCUUUUGUUACCCAAAUACUGUUAAAGUUGGUAAUUCUGUAAGAGCAAAGACAUGAAUUUUGAUGAGGCAUCUCAAGCACCUGCUGUGGGAUUGGUUUUGACUUUAAAGUUCUUUCCAACUAACCUUUACAGUGAAAUGUGAUACUUUUUUCUUUUAAAAAUGAGAGCUUGGAAAAUCUCUGUAUACAAAACAGCUGCAUUGUGUCCUCUCAUCUUGACAUUCUUAGACUCACAGUUUCAUAGGGUGAUGAAUAACUGUUCAAACUUGAAAGAAAUUUUUAAGAAAAAUACUACGUUACCUGUUCAAAAUAAGAUUUGUUGGAAAUCCCAGUUCAAGUAAUUAAAAAGUCAUUUUUUAUGUAAAUUAGUAGCCACAGCGGUUAAAACCCGUCCCAAAAGGAAAAACUGCCUUGACAAGAUGAAUUGAAAAUUCUGAUUCUGAACAUAAUUUAAUGACAACCUAUCAUUUCAUAAAACUAUGGUCCAUUUUGAUGGAGCUUUGUGUGUUUGUGGCAUGUGUUCUUAAAAUGACGUUUCUUUGAAUGUCCAAAAAUACUGUAUAUAGAAUUAGACAUGCUCUUUGAAACAAGUCUUAUCAACUGACCUUGGUAAUUCAGCACCUGUAUUCCGCGGGUUAGCCUUGCCCUCAGGGACAACACAAGACUCCAGUGCUCUCCUGGAUAGUCUUGUAUAGGGGCUUCUUGGACCUCCACUGGUUUUAGUGACAAAUAAUGUUUCCUCUGGUACUUGCUGACUUUCCUACUAAAUGUAGCAUUUCAGUUAGAUCCAACCUCUUGACAUUUUGAGGUAAUUGUUAAAAAAAAUUAUGCAGAAAUGGCCAAUCUCUUUUACUGAUCUGUUCUUUUGGACAUUGUUAGGCACUAUAAAUUGUGUGUACAGUUAAAUAUAUAUAUAUAUAUUUAUAUAUAUAUACAUAGUUAUAUAUAUAUAUAGAGGUAUAUAUAUAUAUGUGUGUGUGUAUAUAUAUAUAUACACUCUUAAGAGAAAAAUCACCCUCUCUAGCAGUUGUAUAUCAUUGGUAUUUGAAGAGAAUUCCCAAAUAACCCAUUGCUGCUGCUGCUGUUUCAGUUUUUGUGGGUUUUUUGUUUGUUUGUUUUUGUGUGAUUGAUAUUUAAAAAACAGAAAUGAGGAAAAAAAACCACGACUGACUACUGUUUACAGACUGAAAAAUUAACUGCUUUUUAUACUACUGAGAUCCUAAGUUAAGAUACUCCAAAGCAAACAUUUGGUGGUUUAUCUGAUGUGGAUAAAGGUAGAUAAAUUUUUAGUGUUCUCCACAUAAUGGAAAAUGUACAAAUGCAUAGCUGUUUCACCCAUCUAUUUUGUAUAUUUUCAUAAUUUUAAUUGUUCAAAAUUGCAUUAUAUUUUGCAAUCACUGUUGGAUCUGGAUUGUCUUUCAUUUUAACUUUUAUAAAAGGGGGUUUCAAUGUUA